AUGCUCUGCUUUGCUCUUUAUCUAUCUCGCCUGCUAGAUAUCGAGCGAGAAAGUGAACUCAAUUAUGCAAUUGGUACUGUGCUCCUAAUCUGGUUAGUGCGGCUCUUUCUAAGAAGAGACCCUAACAGCGCAGAAGGAUACAUCACCGCCGCAGAAAAGGCAUCACUCAGCAAAGACGGGAGAUCGCCACCCGAUGGAAAGGAAUUGGGGAGACAGCUUCAUGCGCCUAUCGUGAGUGUAGCUGCGAAAGCUCUGGCCGAGAAGAAUAUCCCUAUAGUAGAGUAUGGGGAGCAGAUACAGUGGCGCUACGGAGACCCUGCGGUCCUUCUGGGAGGUAUUAAAUAG